AACGAUGAUUGAGUCCAUAAAGCACCGAUUUGGGCGGAUUUAUUCCGGGUCAAUUUUUGGCAGAUUCCAAAGGGGUACCAUCACAGAUUUCGGGCGAUUUAUCCGAAAUGCCAUUUUCUUUCUAUUCCGGAGGCUACAGAUCACGGAAUCAGGCCAAGGCUAUUAUCCACCGAUAAUGAAGUCUAUUGAUCCUAUUCUCUAUGGAUGAUAAGUCCGUUAAGCAUCUAUUUGGGCCAAUUUAUUUUCGGAUGGCAUUUUAGUAAUUUCUUGCGCGAGGAAAGGCCAUUUUCUUUGGAUAUUGAAGGCUACAGAUCACGGAUUCAGCCUGAGGCUAUUAUCCAACGAUGAUUGAGGCCAUUAAGCACCGAUUUUGGGGGAUUUCUUCCGGGUCAAUUUUUGGCAGAUUCUAAAGGGGUAUCAUCACAUAUUUCGGGCGACUUAUCCGAAAUGCCAUUUUCUUUCUAUUCUGGAGGCUACAGAUCACGGAAUUAGGCCGAGGCUAUUCUCCACCAAUAAUGAAGUCUAUUGAUCCUAUUCUCCACGGAUGAUAAGUCCGUUAAGCAUCGAUUUGGGCCAAUUUAUUUUCGGAUGCCAUUUUCGUAAUUUCUUGGACGACAAAGGGCCAUUUUCUUUAAAUAUUUAAGGCUACAAAUCACGGAUUCGCCCUGAGGCUAUUCUCCAACGAUGAUUGAGUCCAUUAAGCACCGAUUUAGGCGGAUUUAUUCUGGGUCAAUUUUUGGCAGAUUCCAAAGGGGUACCGUCACAGAUUUCGGGCGAUUUAUCCGAAAUGCAAUUUUCUUUCGAUUCUUGAGUCUACAGAUUACAGAAUCAGAACCUGACUAUUCUCAUCCGAUAAUGAAGUCUAUUGAUCCUAUUCUCCACGGAUGAUAAGUCUGUUAAGUAUCGAUUUGAGCCAAUUUAUUUUCGGAAGGCAUUUUCGUAAGUUCUUGGGCGACGAAAGGCCAUUUUAUGGAUAUUGAUGUUUACAGAUCACGGAUUUGGCCUGAGGCUAUUCUCCAACGAUGAUUGAGUCCAUUAAGCACCGAUUUGGGCGGAUUUACUCUGGGUCAAUUUUUGGCAGAUUCCAAAUAUGUAUCAUCACUUGACAGGCACUCCAGGACCCGCCAACGCUCAUGAAAACGCAGAUUUAUCGAAUUGAUGCGGAGGCGGUCGAGAUUUCGGGCGAAUUAUCCGAAAUGCCAUUUUGUUUCUAUUCUGGAGGCUACAGAUCACGGAAUCAGGCCAAGACUAUUCCCCACCGAUAAUGAAGUCUAUUGAUCCUAUUCUCCACGGAUGAUAAGCCCGUUAAGCAUCGAUUUGGCCAAUUUGUUUUUGGAUGGCAUUUUCGUAAUUUCUUGUGCGACAAAAUGCCUUUUUCUUUGGAUAUUGAUGGCUACAGAUCACGGAUUCGGCCUAAGGCUAUUCUCCAACGAUGUUUGAGUCCAUUAAGCACCGAUUUGGGCGGAUUUAUUCCGGGUCAAUUUUCGGCAGAUUCCAAAGGGGUACCAUCACAGAUUUCGGGCGAUUUAUCCAAAAUUCCAUUUUCUUUCGAUUCUGGAGCCUACAGAUCACGGAAUAGGGACGUGGCUAUUCUCAACCGAUAAUGAAGUCUAUUGAUCCUAUUCUCCACGGAUGAUAAGUCCGUUAAGCAUCGAUUUGGGCCAAUUUAUUUUCGGAUGGCUUUUUCGUAAUUUCUUGGGCGACGAAAGGCCAUUUUCUUCGGAUAUUGAAGGCUACAGAUCACGGAUUCGGCCUGAGGCUAUUCUCCAACGAUGAUUGAGUCUUUUAAGCACCGAUUUGGGCGGAUUUAUUCCGGGUCAAUUUUGGGCAGAUUCCAAAGGGGUACCAUCAUAGAUUUCGGGCGAUUUAUACGAAAUGCCAUUUUCUUUCGAUUCUGGAGGUUACAGAUCACGGAAUCAGGCCGAGGCUACUCUCCACUAAUAAUGAAGUCUAUUGAUCAUAUUCUCCAUGGAUGAUAAGUCCGUCAAGCAUCGAUUUGGGCCAAUUUAUUUUCGGAUGGUAUUUUCAUAAUUUCUUGGGCGGUGAAAGGCUAUUUUCUUUGGAUAUUGAAGGCUACAGAUCCCUAAUUCGGCCUGAGGCUAUUCUCUAACGAUGAUUGAGUCCAUUAAGCACCGAUUUGGGCGGAUUUAUUCCGGGUCAAUUUUUGGCAGAUUCCAAAGGGGUACCAUCACAGAUUUUGGGCGAUUUAUCCGAAAUGCCAUUUUCUUUCGAUUCUGGAUGCUACAAGAUCACGGAAUCAGGCCGAGGCUAUUCUCCACCGAUAAUGAAGUCAAUUGAUCCUAUUCUCCACGGAUGAUAACUCUGUUAAGCAUCGAUUUGGGCCAAUUUAUUUUCGGAUGGCAUUUUCGUAAUUUCUUGGACGACGAAAGGCCAUUUUCUUUGGAUAAUGAAGGCUACAGAUCACGGAUUCGGCCUGAGGCUAUUCUCCAACGAUGAUUGAGUCCAUUAAGCACCAAUUUGGGCGGAUUUAUUCCGGGUCAAUUUUUGGCUGAUUCCAAAGGGGUAGUACCAUCACAGACUUCGGGCGAUUUUUACGAAAUGCCAUUUUCUUUCGAUUAUGGAGGCUACAGAUCACGGAAUCAGGCCGAGGCUAUUCUCCACCGAUAAUGAAGUCUAUUGAUCCUAUUUUCCACGGAUGAUAAGUCCAUUAAGCAUCGAUUUGGAUAAAUUUAUUUUCGGAUGGCAUUUUCGUAAUUUCUUGGGCGACGAAAGGACAUUUUCUUUGGAUAUUGAAGGCUACAGAUCACGGAUUCGGCCUGAGGCUAUUCUCCAGCGAUGAUUGAGUCCAUUAAGCACCGAUUUGGGCGGAUUUACUCCGGGUCAAUUUUUGGCAGAUUCCAAAGGGGUACCAUCACAGAUUUCGGGCGAUUUAUCCGAAACGCCAUUUUCUUUCGAUUCUGGAGGCUACAGAUCACGGAAUCAGGCCGAGGCUAUUCUCCACCGAUAAUGAAGUCUAUUGAUCCUA